CAGCCCCGCCCCUACCUGUGUAAGCUGAUCCUCAAGGCCCAGCGGAUAAAAGGGGCCGAGUGUCCCGGAGGUCAAAGAGUUGACUCUGCUCCUCGCCUUCUGCUCUGUCGAGCCCGGUGCAGCCGCUAUGUCCACUCACUUCAGGUCCCAGGUCUUUAGCUCGCGUUCCGCGGCCUUCCCUGGUCGCGGCACACAGGUGCGCCUGAGCUCGGCGCGCCCCGGGGGCUUCGGCAGCAGCAGCCUCUAUGGUCUGAGCGCCUCACGGCCGCGCGUAACCGUGCGCUCCGCCUAUGGGGGCCCAGUGGGGGCCGGCAUCCGAGAGGUCACUAUCAAUCAGAGCCUGCUGACCCCGCUGAGUAUGGACAUCGACCCCUCCAUUCAGCAGGUGCGCCAGAAAGAGCGCGAGCAGAUCAAGACCCUAAAUGACAAGUUCGCUUCCUUCAUCGACAAGGUGCGGUUUUUGGAGCAGCAGAACAAGAUGCUGGAAACCAAGUGGGCACUGCUGCAAGAGCAGAAAUCCACCAAGAGCAGCCACCUCCCGGGCUGCUUCGAGGCCCAGAUAGCUGCCCUUCAGAGGCAGCUUGAGGUGCUACAGGCAGAUGGGGGUCGCUUGGAGUUGGAGCUGAGGAACACACAGGAUGUUGUGGAAGACUUCAAGAAUAAGUAUGAAGAUGAAAUCAACCGUCGCAUGGCUGCUGAGAAUGAGUUUGUGGUGCUGAAGAAGGAUGUGGAUGCUGCCUACAUGAACAAAGUAGAGAUGGAGGCCAAGCUGGAUGCCCUGAAUGAUGAGAUCAACUUCCUUAAGACCAUCCAUGAGACGGAAUUGACGGAGCUGCAGGCCCAGAUCUCAGACACGUCUGUGGUGCUGUCCAUGGACAACAACCGCUCCCUGGACCUGGACAGCAUCAUCGCCGAGGUCAAGGCCCAGUAUGAGGAGAUGGCCAACCGUAGCCGGGCUGAGGCCGAGGCUCAGUACCAGACUAAGUUCGAGACCCUCCAGGCUCAGGCCGGAAAGCAUGGGGAUGACCUCCGGAACACCCGGAAUGAGAUUGCGGAGAUGAACCGGGCCAUCCAGAGGCUACAGGCUGAGAUUGACAACAUCAAGAACCAGCGUGCCAAGUUGGAGGCCGCCAUCGCUGAGGCUGAGGGGAAUGGGGAAAUGGCGCUCAAGGAUGCACGCUCCAAGCAGGAAGAGUUGGAGGCCGCCCUGCAGCGAGCCAAGCAGGACAUGGCGCGGCAGCUGCGUGAGUACCAGGAGCUCAUGAAUGUCAAGCUGGCCCUGGACAUCGAGAUCGCCACCUACCGCAAGCUGCUGGAGGGCGAGGAGAGCCGGUUGGCCAGUGAUGGAGUAGGAGCUGUGAACAUCUCGGUGGUGAAUUCUGUUGGCAGUGGUGGCAGUGGGCUGACCUUUGGGGGAACCAUGGGCAGCAAUGCCCUGAGCUUCUCGAGCAGUGGGAGGCCUAGGACCUUGAAGGCCUAUUCCCUCAAGACUACCCACAGGAGUGCCCACAACUAA